AUGUACGAUAAACAGCAUAGUCGUGAAAGAAAACACAGAAUAAAUAUAAAAUUAAAUCCCUGGAAAGAAACAAAUCCAGUAGUCCAGGGAGCAAGAGCAUGGAUACAUACUCUGGAAACAACAGAUAUUAAAAGGCCACCUGCCUUAGUAAUUGUUUCAGAGACCAAGCUUGGUAAAACAGAAUUCAUUAACGACCUACUCAAAGAAAAGCAAGUAGAUGAAUUCAGAGGAAGAAUAAUGAUAGAUGGUCAUGAUGAAAAUAGGGAAUAUGACUUUCGCUUGUUUGAUGAUGCCAAUCUAAGUUCAAUAGAUUGGGAAGAUUUCAAAGCUAUGAUCUCCACCAGAGGAGAAAAAGUGCGAGUAAAUGUUAAAUAUGGACACUUAGAUGUAAUAACAGUACCGACCAUCAUAGUAUUAAACCCGGGAAGCUUUAAAGAAUUGCAAACUAUGGCAGGAAAUAAAGGAGACAGAGAUUGGUUAGAUAAGAAUACUGUUGUACUCUCUACAAAAGAGAAAUUAUACAUUGAGAAUAACAAUAAUAAUGAUGAUAGAAUAGCAAUGUUGCAAGAACUAUACGGAGAACUACCACCAAAUUUGAUUAAUGCUAUAGCAGCUAAUGAUAGAUUACAAGAAGAACUCCCACCAAUUGAUACUAUGGAUGAUAUUGAUGAUAAUUAUAUAGAUGAAAUAUUAAAUGAUAUGGAAAUGACUGAUGUACCAGAACAACUUCCACCAACUAAUAAUAUUGAUGAUGUUGAUGAUAAUUAUUUAGAUGAAAUACUGAAUGAUAUGGAAAUGACUGAUGUACCAGAAGAGGUAGUAAGAAGAGAUGUUUUCGAUUUACCUCUCAAGAGAAAAGAACCAAUACUAACUACAGAAGAAUCUAAUCUCAGUAAUACUCUACCAGAAGAUGAGAUACAGAAGUAA